UCAACAAUGUCACCAAUUAUGUGCUCAAGAUGAUAGCUUAGUCAUUGUGUUUCUGUUGCACUGGUGUGGCUGCUUGCAUUCGAGAUAAUUCCUGUCUAAAAUCUAAUCUAAUCUGAUCUAAUUCCUUUUUUUAGGGACCCGCCUUCUCAAAACACCUUAGAAACAAACACCACCACAAUUUGUACAAACAUGUUCGAUUGUCCUGACAUCAAGAACAAUCAGUCUGAAUCACAAAUCUGAUAUAUGGGGUCCACACCUACAAUUUUACAGAUAACCAAGCAAUAUAAAUUAUGGAUUGUUGUUGAGCCUUCCACAUUCUGACCAUUGGAGUAGUGUGCUGUGAAUUCCUCCUGGCUGUAAGAUUGCUCCUCUUUCUGCAAGAAUGACGGCUGGUAGAAAGUGUCUGCUUUUCCCCUUCAUGAUACUGUCUGUCACUGUUUUCUGCCAUGGAAAAGACCAGUUCUUCAAUGACGAUAAAAACCUCAUACUCCCGGGGGCAUACAAUAUUCCAUGGAUGGCGGGCAUUGAGAAUUUUCGCACCCUCUCUCUCCUCACCUUCCCCGGUGCUCACGACAGCAUGGCCCUGUACGGAGGUCCAGAGGCUGAAUGCCAGGCGUUGUCCCUGAAGGAUCAGCUCAGGGCCGGCAUUCGUUUCCUGGAUCUCAAAGUAUUUGGACUGGGUGACACCCUCUAUGUCAUGCAUGGUGUAAUGUACCAGCACAGCACUCUCAAGGAUGUCUUCGACACUGUCCGAGCCUUCCUGUCUGAGUUUAAGACUGAGACUGUGCUCAUUAGAGUCCAACCAGAGUCUUUUGAGAAGAACACUGUCAAUGAAAUGGUGCGAAGUCUGAUUGGCAACGACGAACAUGUCUGGGUGAACUCCGCCAUGCCAAAUAUGGGUCAGGUCAGGGGGAAAAUUGUGUUUUUGCAGAAGAGCACCUUCACACUGGGAAUUCCCCUCAUAAACACAGACGGGAAGGUUAACAACAAGGUUAGCAAUGUUAAAGAUAAAGACAACAAAAUAAUGAAGCAGCUGAACCAAGCCACUGAAGCUUGCGGGGGAGAUAAUGCUGUUUUGACUUACAGUAGCGGCACUGGCUUUGGUACUUUCUGGGGAAUGUUUCUGACUCCAAAGAGAGUGGCUGAAAAGGUAAACCCAUGGCUCAAUCAAUACCUGAGACAGUUUUAUCCUAAUCAGCCCAGACCAUGCUUUGGCAUCAUUGCCAUGGACUUCCCUGGCAUUGACCUCAUUCAAACUGUUAUCAAUUUAAACUUUUGGUAAUCAUGUACAAUGUACCCAGUCUUGUGUUUGAGAGGGUUUGAAUCAGAUGGAUCACUGAAAUCUUUCUUGUAUCUUACUCAUCACUGUACACAUUCUGAUGGAGCCGAAAUAUCUAAAAAUACAAACUGUGACUGUGCUUGUCUUUCUCAGUUAC